AUGUCAGACGUCGUUCUAAAUCCGACGAUUCAAGAUGCACAGCUUCUAGUGCCAAAGCUGCUUAUUGUGAGGCCCUAUGUUUGGCCUUUCGCCAUUAUCUACCCAAUUUUUUUCCAGAUUUACUUCAACCAUUAUGAUCAGUACGUGGGUGGAUCUGAGUGGACUUUCGUCUACUUGAUCACCAUCUGUUCCCUCAAUGCAUUGUUCUGGCUUAUGCCUCAUUGGAACUUGGAUGUGGAGGCUCGUUUCAACUUCACUCCUGUCAGAACUAUCGAAGAGGCUAGUCACAUCAAGAUCACACCUGUGGUGAAUGCUGGUGUGGGUGAGAUGUGUCCAAUCAAGAGAGAAAGAUUUGCUGACGGAGAGAAGCAGAUCUCCUUCUUAUACCAGAAGAGACGUCAUUUGUUCCACGAAAAGACCGGCAAGUUCUCCCCUCCAGAGUUCAAGAUCGACGAGUUGCCUAAGCUCGAGUACUUCCAGAACUCUAAGGGGUUGCAAGGUGACUUGGAAAAACUUGAACGUAACUAUGGUAAGAACAGGUUUGAUAUUCCUGUCCCUACCUUCUUGGAGUUGUUCAAGGAGCACGCUGUUGCUCCUUUUUUCGUUUUCCAAUUGUUUAGUGUUGCCUUGUGGUUGAUGGAUGAGCAGUGGUACUAUUCCUUGUUCUCCUUGUUCAUGUUGGUGUCUUUCGAAAUGACAACUGUGUUUCAGAGAAGAACUACUAUGAACGAGUUCCAGAGCAUGGGUAUUAAGCCAUACGCCAUCAAUGUCUACAGAAACAACAAGUGGGUUGAGUUGCAGACUGAUGAGUUAUUGCCUGGUGACGUUGUGUCCGUUACAAGAACUAACGAAGACAGUGCUAUUCCAUGUGACUUGUUGUUGCUCGACGGCUCUGCCAUCGUAAAUGAAGCUAUGUUGUCUGGUGAGUCUACUCCCUUGUUGAAAGAGUCCAUCAAGUUGAGACCUGGUGAGGAAUUCUUCCAGCCAGAGGGUUUGGACAAGAACAGUUUGUUGCACGGUGGUACUAUGGCUUUGCAGGUCACUAAGCCCGAGAAAUCUAUUAUUCCUGGCGCUCCUGAUGAUGGUGCUUUGGCAUACGUCUGUAAGACAGGUUUCGAGACCUCCCAGGGUUCCUUGGUUAGAAUGAUGAUUUUUUCCAGUGAGAGAGUCUCCGUUGGUAACAAGGAAGCUUUCAUGUUUAUUUUGUUUUUGUUGGUGUUUGCCAUUGCUGCUUCCUGGUACGUUUGGGUUGAGGGUAGCAAGAUGGGCAGAAUUCAGUCAAAGUUGAUUUUGGACUGUAUUAUCGUCAUCACCUCCGUUGUCCCACCAGAGUUGCCUAUGGAAUUGACUAUGGCUGUCAACUCUUCGUUGUCGAGUUUGCAAAAGCAUUUUAUCUACUGUACUGAGCCAUUCCGUAUUCCAUUGGCCGGUAGAAUUGAUGUGUGCUGUUUCGACAAGACUGGUACCUUGACUGCGGAGGAUUUGGUUUUCGAAGGUUUGGCUGGUUUUGACAAAGACGAGACUCAUAAGCUCCGUACUUGUGACGAGGCCCCACAGACUACUUCUUGGGUCUUGGGUUCUGCUCAUGCUCUUGUCAAGUUAGAUGAUGGCGAUGUCGUUGGUGAUCCAAUGGAACAAGCAACUUUGAAGGCUGCUAACUGGACCGUUGGUUUGAAGGAUUCCGUCGAGAGAGCUACCGCCAAAGGUAAGACCGAGAAAAUUAAGAUUUUGCGUCGUUUCCAAUUCUCUUCUGCUUUGAAGAGGUCUUCGGCUAUCACUUCUAUCAACACUUUGCCUAAUAAGAAUUUCGUUGCUGUUAAGGGUGCUCCAGAAACUAUUCGUCAUAUGUUGGUUGACGCUCCCGAGCAGUACGAGCAAAUCUUUAAGUCGUUUACUAGAGCAGGUUCCCGUGUUUUGGCUUUGGGCUACAAAGAGUUGGACACUAGUGUCAACGUCGUCAAGGCCAAGAGAGCCGACAUUGAGUCUAAAUUGCAUUUCGCUGGUUUUAUCGUUUUCCACUGUCCCUUGAAGCCUGAUGCUAUCGAGACUAUCAAGAUGUUGAAUGAGUCCUCUCACCGUUCUGUUAUGAUUACUGGUGACAACCCCUUGACUGCUUGUCAUGUUGCUAAGGAGGUUGCAAUUGUCGAGAAGGAAGUUUUGAUUUUGGAUUACCCUGAAGAGCACCAUGAGGUCUCUGAGGGUGAAGUCUUGGUUUGGAGAAACGUUGAGGAAACUAAAGUCAUUCCAUUCAAGAGUGGUGAUGCUAUUGACCUCGAGUUGUUCAAGAAGCACGAUAUUUGUCUUACUGGCCAUGCCUUGACUCAUCUCUCUGAACAUGCCCAGAUUUUGGAUAUUUUGAAACGCACUUGGGUUUACGCAAGAGUGUCUCCUGCCCAGAAAGAAUUUAUUUUGACGACAUUGAAGGAUGCGGGUUACAGCACUUUGAUGUGUGGAGACGGUACUAACGAUGUCGGUGCCUUGAAGCAAGCUCACAUUGGUGUCGCUUUGCUUAAUGGUACCGAGGAGGGCAUGAAGAAGAUGGCUGAGAACAGAAGAAUCACCGCUCAAAAGACAAUUUAUGAGAAGCAGGCCCAAAUUAUGGCCAACUGGAACAGACCACCACCACCAGUGCCUGCUCUCAUUGCCCACUUGUAUCCACCAGGCCCACUUAACCCACACUACAUUGCCACCCUCGAAAAGAGAGGUGUGGAAAUUACUCCAGAAUUGAGACAAAAGGUCGCCCUUGCCAACCAAAACAACACCCAGCCAAUUGAGUUCGUGAAAGACAGCAGUGGAAAGCCCUCUGCCAGUAAGAUGGCUGACAACCUCUUGACUUCUAUGAGUGGCAUGGACCCUGAGGAGGACGAGGUUCCAACUUUGAAAUUGGGUGAUGCCUCUGUUGCUGCUCCAUUCACUUCGAAGUUGGCCAGCGUUUCGACUGUGACAAAUAUCAUUCGUCAAGGACGUUGUGCAUUGGUCUCCACUAUUCAGAUGUACAAGAUUUUGGCUUUGAACUGUUUGAUUUCUGCAUACUCCUUGUCUGUUUUAUUCUUGUCUGGUAUGAAGUUUGGUGAUGCCCAAUCUACUAUCUCCGGAAUUUUGUUGUCGGUUUGUUUCUUGAGUAUCUCUCGUGGUAAACCCCUUCAGAAAUUGAGUAAGGAGAGACCACAGGACGGUAUCUUCAACAUUUACAUCAUGGGCUCCAUUUUGGGUCAAUUUGCCAUCCACAUUGCGACCUUGAUCUACAUCACCAUGGAAAUCUACGCCUUGGAGCCAAGAGCACCUCAAGUUGACUUGGAGAAGGUCUUCGAGCCAUCUUUGUUGAACACUGGUAUGUUUUUGCUUCAAUUGGCCCAGCAAGUGUCAACUUUUGCCGUCAACUACAUUGGUUUGCCCUUCAAGGACAGUAUCAAGGAUAACAAGGGUAUGUGGUACGGUCUUUUGGGUGUCGCGGGUUUGACUUUGGCUGGCUCGACUGAAUUUAUGCCCGAGUUGAAUGAGGCCAUGCAGUUUGUGCCUAUGGACGUUGUUUUCAAGAGUAAGUUGACUGGAUGCAUUCUCUUGGACUUGGGCGGAACAUGGCUUGUUGAAAUUGUUCUCAAGCACUUCUUCAUGAACUCUGCUGCCGCUGACAUUUGUGACAGAGACUUUUAG